AUGCUCGAGAGUCUGCUGGGGUCCAGCCUGCUCGUGGUGCUGCUGGUGCACCCGGCGGCCUUCGUCCUGCUCUACGCCGUCCUGCUUGCCCGGCUCGCCCGCCACCCGCCGCCCCACAGCCACCUGCUCCCGCUCGUCCUCGGCUUCCACCGCCACGCCCGCGCCGUGCUCGCCGCCGUCCGCCCCUUCCGCGCCGCCUUCCCCCGCUCAGCCGGCCUGCUCGUCCUCGCACUCGCCCUCGCUCUCCACGCCCUCCCGCCCGCCGCCCGCCCUCUUCUCCUGCUCGUCUGGCUCGCCCCUCCCCUCGGCUGGCUCAGAACGCUCCUCGCAUAUCUCCUCACCUCAAAGAGAGAUGGAGGGAAGACGAGUCUGCAGUCCAGGCGCCCGACCGACGAGCAUGAAUCCGACAGACGGAGUGAGGGGGCCGAGAAGGGGAUGAUCAUCCGGAUAGAGAUAACGAUAGUCGAGCACCAACGGUGGAAAGAGGAGGUCGGCUGGACGGGGGAGAUCACGGCGGAAGACACGAAGCUGGUCGGAGGGCGAUGGACGGACGGGCAGGGCGGCGAAGUGUCCGGGCCGGCGGCGUUCACGCUCCCCUCUCCAUCCGUCUCCGCCGGUGCCAGCCAUCCGUCGUGGGCCUGGGACGCACCGCACUGGGCCGUCGUCCGCGGCCCCCGUCCGUCCUUCCCUGCGCCUGGUGGCCCGAGCGACCCGUCCUCCGACCACCCUUGGCCCGUCGAUCCCGACGGCUGGACGUACGCCGAUCACACGUGGUCUGCUUUCUCGUGCCGGCCCACGCACACCUCGUUCGUCCGCAAACGCCGCUGGACCCGGCCCGUCCUCUGCACCUUCGCCGCCCCCUCCCGCACCCGCACCGAGAACUAA